UCGUUUUCAUGAUUUUAACAGCUGUGUUUUUAGCUGGGCUGGAUCUUUCCUUCGAAAAAUCACCACCGGGGAUUAUUCUUAAUAAUAACCGCCCCGCAUCUAAUACUGCUAAUGGCAACACUAAGAAAGACGGUAAUCAGAUUUACAUGUCUCGACUUAAGAGAAAAAAUCUGGCUGUGGAUUUUGCCAUCCCAGCUCUAUUCCGAACCUACUUGUCAGAGCUGAUGAAGCGCCCACUGAUCAGCGAUUGUCAGAAUUAUAAUUCGUGCUAUGUGGUGCAAUCCAUCUUGAGAAUGCGCUGCCAGCCUCUGCAAAGGACCGUCUCUACUUUCCUGGAGACGAAAUCCAGAGCGCCAAAAAGUCUUGAGACAGGCAACUCCAGCGGCGCUGGACAGCUCCCUUAUAAUAAACGCAAGCGACCGCUGUCCAAGGUUCUGAAUUUAGGUUUGAGCAAAGCAAGCAGAAAAUCUAGCCAGGUUGUGAUUGAGAUUGGGGACACAGCCGUCCAUACCGGCUGUGGUAGCUUGACAGCUGAAGAGGAUGCUGCCGUAGUUUUCUUGGAAAUGGACCUUUCUCGUGUGGUGGACUGGUGGUUGUGUGACAAGGGGGGCCGACUGAGGGUCCGGCUUAUGCCCGAAAGAAGAGCACAAAUCCAGGAGAGGGAGGAGAGGUUUUCUGCAGCAAUCAGGGCAGCAGAUCCCCGUCUUUUUCUUCAAAUCACUUCCCGAGGGGGCAACCAGACAGUGGAAGAUGCGUUGCCUACUCUUCCCAACUACUGGAACUUCACCUGGACGCUUCAGGAUGAUUCGCAACUUCCUGCAGAGAGAGUGCAAACUGAGAUCAGUUGUGAUUUUGAAGCCCCCUGUGAUUUGGAAUAUGCCUCAACUGCAGAUGAAUCCAACUGGAGGGUGACGUCAGCCAAGGACCUCUCCAAGGAGGGAAAUUCCAGAGCUCCCAAAGAGGAUUUCUCAGAGAAAUGGGUGGAAGGUCACUUCCUGUUUCUGAACAGCUCAGGGGGAGCCAGCUCCGCGGUGUUGAGUCCUUGGCUGAGGAGCAGCAGUGAGCUGUGUGCGUUUGAUGCGUCCGUUUACCUACACAGUGGGCAGACAGGGAGGUACACAGUAUCGGUCAUCGAGGGCGACAAACAGCCACGAGAGAUCCUGUCCACAGAGAGAGACACUGCCACAGGCUGGGCGCUGCUGAGGGUGAUGCUGGGGCGCCCCGAUACCUCCUUUCGGAUAUCCGUGGAGUACAGUGGACAAGGCACACAGGACACCGCAGCACUGGAUUCCAUCUACACGUCCAACUGCACUACAGGGUCUCCUCCGGGCUUGCAGAUAACACUACAGGGGAAGUACACCUGCAUGAAUGGGACGGCAAUCAGACUGGGCCGCGUAUGCGACUUUCAGAGAGACUGCGCGGUGGGAGAAGAUGAGGGGCUGAUGUGUCGUGACUUCCUCCUUGGUAGCUACUGCUCCUUUGAAGAGGGGGGUUGUGGGUGGCAGACUUUGACAUCAGCCUCUAAUGGAACGGCCUGGGGGGUCCAAGAGGGACAACAAGAAGACCGCCAAGAGAGAAAGGGCAGCUGUCCAUUCACAGGCAGAGCAUUGGUUCUGGACAGUAGUGAGUUUGUGAGCGAUGAGCCCAGCGUGUUGAGGAGCCCCUUGUUCCCACCCCCACUAAAAAACUCUCCCUGUCAGGUUUGGUUCUCUGUGUGUGCUGAAGGCUCCCUACAGGGGGCACUGUCUCUUUGGCUGGUGGAGAACAGCACCAGGGAAGAGGAGAGUCGCAGACUUUGGGGGUUUGAGAACAGCAGUGGGGCAGAGGGCUGGAGCAAACUGGCCAUUCCUGUACAUGGUGUCUCUGACAGGUUUUGGCUGCAGUUCACGGGAAGUGGAGAACCUGGGUCCUUUAUUGCUAUUGAUAACCUCUCACUCAGCUUAGACUGCUUCCUGGCAUCCAAUGGAGACCUCCCACCCAAGAUCACACCGCUCAGUACCAGCAUGAAGAACUUGGAAUCCACCAAUCAGACCAGCACAACAGCUGCCCCAGCCAAUGAGCACUCAGAAGGAGAAGGGCUAGAUGUCACAGAGUUCCCAGAUUUUCAACAUGAAGAUCUCACCCUGGGAAAGCGAGACCUUCUGGUGGACAUGUUCUCACACUCUUUUCAUCAUAACGAAACAGAAACAGAUACAUCCUGGAGCUUUGGCACGUGUGGAGCGACUGGGCCAGUGGGCCCUACUCCAACGCAGUGCAGCAACUUGUACCGGGGCACACGCAUGAACGUGUCUGUGGGCACAGAAGGGUCACUGCGGGGCGUGCAGAUGUGGAGAGUACCCGCCACCGAUACCUACAAGAUCAUGAGCUAUGGUGCUGCUGGAGGCAGGAGUGUGCUGAUCCCUGAUCGAUCGUUCGGCUUCUGUCUGGGGGCCCAUUUCUUCCUGCAGAAGGACGAGCUGCUCUACAUCCUGGUGGGGCAGCAAGGAGAAGACGCCUGCCCAAACUCGGACCCUGUUAUCAACAGAGUGUGUCUGGGAGAGACGAGCGUGAUUGACAACAAGACCCAAUCAAAGAAGACGGUGGAGGAGUGGGCGGGAGGAGGAGGAGGAGGGGGUGGGGCUACCUUCAUAUUCAAGAUGAAGGACGGGGUACCAGUGCCUCUCCUCAUCGCAGGUGGAGGGGGUGGCAGAGGCUACAGUGGCAAGGACGAGUAUCCCAUGGAGAGUCUGGAGAAUGACACUGCUGUCCAAGGGGUCAAUGGCGAAUCUGGGGCAGCAGGCGGCGGUGGCGGCUGGGAUGACAAGAUUCCGGUGUCCUCAGGGGGGCUGCCCAUGCUGAGGGGGGCUCUGGGGGGGCAGUCCUGUCCGCAGGCCCUCCGGAAGUGGCAGCUGAGAGGUGGCUUUGGAGGGGGGGGAGGGGGCUGCUCUUCUGGUGGGGGAGGAGGUGGCUACAUCGGUGGUAGCACAGCUCAGGACGAUGACCCUGAUCGGGAUGGAGAAGAUGGUGUUUCCUUUAUCAGCCCUGAGGGUGAUUUGUACUUACCACCGUUAAAAGUGAUGGAGAGCCAUGGCGAGGUGGGAAUCGAGCUGGCUCUGGACUGCAGUCACUGCCAGACGAGGGAGUGCCACCUGAGAGGAGAGCCGGCAGAGCUGCAGUGUUACUGUGAUGACGGAUUCACGCUGGCACCGGACCAGGUCUCCUGCAUUGACAAUGACGACAUCAAAGACACUGUAAACCAGGAGAUGUCUCGGCUGCCCAUGCCCCUGGUCUUGUCAGUGGUGAUGUCAGCGGUCAUCGCAGCUCUGCUACUCACCAUUUCCGGCAUUAUGUUUGUGUACCGGCGGAAACACCCCGAGCUGCAGUCCAUUCAGCUGGAGCUGCAGAGCCCUGAGUGCAAGCUGAGCAAGCUCCGCACCUCCACCAUCAUGACAGACUACAACCCCAACUACUGCUUCGCCGGCAAGACCACCUCCGUCAACGACCUGAAAGAGGUGCCACGCAGGAACAUCUCGCUCAUGAGGGGGCUUGGCCAUGGAGCCUUCGGAGAGGUGUAUGAGGGUCAGGUGUUUGGGAUCCCUGGAGAGCCCAGCCCAAUGCAGGUUGCUGUUAAGACUCUGCCAGAGGUCUGCUCCGAGCAGGAUGAGCUGGACUUUCUGAUGGAGGCCCUCAUUAUCAGUAAGUUCAGCCACCAGAAUAUCGUGCGCUGCAUCGGGGUGAGCCUGCAGGCCCUCCCGCGCUUCAUCCUGCUCGAGCUCAUGGCUGGUGGGGACCUGAAGUCCUUCCUGCGGAAGACGCGUCCACGGCUGAGUCAGCCCUCCAGCCUGUCAAUGGUAGACCUACUCAGCGUGGCCCGAGACAUCGCACAGGGCUGCCAGUACCUGGAGGAAAAUCACUUCAUCCACAGAGACAUAGCUGCCAGAAACUGUCUACUUACCUGCAAGGGUGCUGGAAGAGUUGCUAAAAUUGGGGAUUUUGGGAUGGCCAGGGAUAUCUACAGGUCCUGUUACUACAGAAAAGGGGGUUGUGCCAUGCUGCCAGUAAAGUGGAUGCCCCCUGAGGCUUUCAUGGAGGGCAUUUUCACAUCCAAAACAGACACCUGGUCAUUUGGGGUGCUGCUCUGGGAGAUCUUCUCUUUGGGGUACAUGCCCUACCCCAGCCGCAGCAAUCAGGAGGUGCUGGAGUUUGUGACCAGCGGGGGCAGGAUGGACCCUCCCAAGAACUGUCCCGGGCCUGUGUACAGGAUAAUGACGCAGACCUGGCAGCACCAACCUGAGGAUAGACCCAACUUCUCCACCAUCCUGGAGCGAGUCGACUACUGUCUGCAGGACCCAGACGUUGUGAAUACGCCACUCCCUGUGGAGUAUGGCCCCGCCCCUGAGGAAGAGGAGGCGGUGCCCAUGAGGCCCAAGGACCCCAGCAGCACCCCCCUUCUCCUGGUGUCCCCAUUGCCGGAGGAAGACAAGCUGAACGCUUCCAACCUGCAGCCCACCCCUCCUCCCCCUCCCGUCCCUCCUGCCCGGCCUUCUAUCCUCUCCGUGCCCCAGAACAGCCCUGGCCACCCCCCUUGUCUACGGCCAGCCCUGCAGCAGAGCUCCGGAGGAGCCCCCCUGGAGGAGGCCAGUGGGGGCCACGUCAACCUGGCCUUCUCCCAGAAACAGCCCCCAGAGCUGGACUGCAGGAACGGCAAGCCCACCAACCUCUGGAACCCUACCUACGGGUCCUGGUAUCUGGACAAGCAGCGAGCGCAGACGAAGGGGGAAGGAGGUGAGCGGAGGACUGCUGGCGAUACCGCGGCACAAGCUGCUCCCCAACCUCCACCAGCCGUGCUCCUGGAACCCUCCACCCUCUUGCAGGGAACCCCCGCUGUCCCCCUGUUCAAACUGCGACGCUUCCCCUGCGGGACCAUCAGCUACAGAUACCAGGAGCAGGGUUUGCCCCUGGAUCCUCUGCCACCACCUCUGCAAAAAACUGGUCCCGCCAGGACAGGCAGUGCAGGGAAGGGCCGCCCUUUGCUUGUUUCCAAGGUGACUGCCAUUCAGCAGGACCCACCUCGGCAGGACCCCUCUCGGCAAAGCAUCCCUACCUGGGACCCCAGCCUUCCCUUGACGGAGGAUGUCAGUGCCACGGUACUCUAGUGUGACCCCUGAAGUUAUUCUCUUCCUGAAAUGACUGCAACUUUUGCUGGUUCCCGAUGUUGCCAGGCAGCAAGCCACAGUGUGUCAGAUGUAUUUAACUGCUAUUCAGAUUCUUAAUGGCUCUUGGUGGUUUAGCAGGUUUUUUAAGGGUUGUCAUCUCCCUUGUGGACUCAACCCGUGUGGUUUUUUUUUUUUUUUUUAAGGUAAAAAUGUGAGAAAUGUGUUAAAGUCAUGCAGUAGCAUUGUGCGUACCCAAUCUCAAACAAACAGUAAGGCUGUGGUAAUGCUUGGGGGUUCAUCAGAGACUCAGAUCAGGUUAAGCCACUAUUUGAGUUGCAAUUGGCUGUAAUCUUUCAUGAUAAAUUCUGGUUUUAAAUAACAGGGUUUUGUAUUUCCCUAUCCAGAGUUUUUGUUGCUUUUCCACCUUGCGCAGAUGUACUCCGUGUCUAUUCAAAAGACUGAUAAUACUGAAUAGGAAAACCUCUCGUAAAAAGGCUACUCCAAGUUAUUUUGUGUGUUCUCAGUGUUGUGUAAAAGCUGUGUUCAAUUAGGGCUUGAAACCCCCAUAAAAACAGUGAUACAGACACAAUCUAAAGCAUCCAGUAGCCAAAAUAUGAAAUUGAAAAGGGACAGAAUGGUCACUGGAGCCAUUGAACACAGAUGCCUGCUCAUUGUGUGUGGGUAUAAAGUUAGAGGCAGGAUCAAAUCCUAGAUUCAAUGGUGUGUUACAUGGCUCAUACCCCUUGUGUAUGUUGUAUGUGAUUCUGUAUUUUUUACCUUAUUAUUCAUAGCUAUAACAGGUCCUUUUCUGGGGUCUGUCUGGCUGACUGCAGAGUUCCUCUAAUGAGGCAAAAGCACACAAGUUCUUUUGAAGGGCUGCAUUGCAAAAAUACCCCUUCUGCAUUAAUUCUAAUUCCUGGACAAACUGAAUGACUCCAUGCAUUCAAUUUAUAAUAACUGUGUGGAAGACUAACUGUGUGGUACAUCUUUUUAUUUAUUAUUCUUCCACUGUGGCGUACUUCCAACUUUAAAUUACAGACUGCUCAUUUAUUUUUUCUAAAUGACUUUAGCACUUACAUGUUUGUUUGGUUGUAGUUUGUUCUGCUCUUGCGUAUUGUGCCAUGUACUCAGAUGAGGUCUUAAUGUAUUGCCUUUUUAAUUUAGGUAAAGAUGGAGGAUUUGAACUCGAUUCUCAAAGCUAUUUACUCCAAAUUUGUCAUUAGCACAACUUAUUCUGUACAAACAAACACCAAUUAUAAUAUUACUUACAAUAACCAGCAUUAACGGUCUGAGUUUAUUUCUAGUUUGUUACCUGUCAUGGAGUUCAAAAGCUACAGUAAUUAUAACAAUAAUAAUAAUUAUCCGAUGAGUUACUCUGAAACACUAAUUUAUUAAUGUAGCUUACCUAUCUUAUGCAGAAGAGCCAACCCUUUUUGCAGUUUACAGACUCCCAAAAUCCAUAGCUUUCCAAUAUUUUAUCUGGUAUUUUAGUUCCCCUUUGAUUUUGCAAUAUGGCACAAAACACAUAACUUACCAGAAGCGGGAGACUGAGGGACAAAGUGCAGCAAGAGAAUGGGAGAAAACAAAAUAUUAAAAAACAGUUUACUGGAAGAUAUAUACAGUUCCUGAGGAACAACACUACCCUAGCUUUUUGGAGAACACAGUUUGAAGCACACAUGACACACCCUCUUAAUUGUUUGGGAAAACAAAGGGUCACACACACAUCAUCACACAAUGUCCAACGUGAUGUCAUCUUGAACAAACCCAGUAUUACAGCAUGUGUGCUGUACUGAACUUUACAGUGCAAAAACCCGUCACAAAUGCACGCCCUCAAUAUUUCCGUUUUUUAUUUGCUAGUCGGAUAGCAAAAGAACAAGGAAAUCUAGACCAAAAGUCCCAUUUGCACAACUCUGCUCAGAUUCUCUUUGUGUAUUUUAUUUUAUUGUAAAGUACCUUGGGCUGCUUGGUCAAUAAGCUGAGCUGUAGCAUUCUAAAUGGUUUUAACUUCACUUUGAAAGAGUCUGCAUUGAAUAUGUACUGUAUAGAACACAGAGGUUUAAAAACCACUCCACCUAUAACAUUAUACACAGCUUUUUAUUCCUGAUGAAAUGUCUAAUUUCCAAAAGGGUUUGUUUAAAUGUGAAACAUCUAAAAAAAGCAACUGGGUAUCAAAUACUAAGCCCGUCUUUUAUUAAUUCAGGUAUUUAUUGAUGUGCUUUAAAGGGUUUAUUAGAAUCCCAUGUACAGCACUUACAUGUACAUUUUUGGUUAAAAUGUAUAUUACAAAAAUGUUCUUGAUGUUCGUGUUCAGUGUUUUUUGUUGGCCAAAUUUGUGAAUUUGUCUUUCAAAUCGAUAUACACUGAUGGCCAUUUAAACUGCAAUUGUUGGUAUGAAGGCAGCGGCCUCAGCAAUGUCACGCUCCUGGCUGGGUCACAGCACUGGUACAAGCAAGUGUGCUGUGAAAUGAACAGGAAUGGAAGACAUGUUUAAACUGUGUGUCACUGCGGUUUACAGAAGGAUACCCAGGCUAGCAUGUAAUAUAGCAGCACUACAGCGAUGCAUGAUGCACUGCCUGGGUUAUUCAACAGUAAUAUUUAUAUUGUGUACAUAGCAAAAUGUCCAUUCAUAUUUAUGUCAUACCAAUGUUUUUUUUUUUGUUGUUUUUGUUUGUUUCAUGUACUAAAUGACAACAUAUAUAAAUGUAAAUAUCUAUACAAUUAAAUUAACUGAACAAAACAGGUUUAUCUUCUUUCACAUUGGUACAAAAUGGAAAUUCAAAGGGCACUAACAGGUGGCACGGUAGGCAGUCUCUCAGAAAGGUAAUGGUUGG